UUUUCUUGUGAAAUUCCAACUCUGCUUUUUUAUAUUUGCAUAGUUUGUAUAUAUUAUUAAUGUUGUAAAUACACAUCUUUAUAUAUCUAGAAAGGGUAGGCAUUAUUCGGAGGUCUCAUGAAGGUAGGAAAUACAAGAGCGUGUGUGUGUGCGUGUGUGUGUGUGUGUGUGUGUGUGUGUUUUCUUGUAUUUCCACCCUUCUUGAGACAUGAAGAAUGAAAAGUAUCUUCCAUAUGAGGAGGUGUGAACAAGUGAUGACAUAAAUCAUGGUCCCAAUAACAUUGCAUCUAAUAGACAAUGUCUCAUUUGCACCCCCUGCUGGUGACAUCUAUCAAAAUGAGGGUGGUCCCAAAAAGGAGGGAUUGUUUUCAAACUGACUUGUGUGUCGCUUUUAAAAGUGCUCCCCCUCUGGUCAACAUAACAAGUGUGUUUAAGAAAUUAAAAUGCGCCCCCUUUGAUCAAAAUUAAUCACAAAAAAAUACAUAUAUAUGUAUUUAGAGACAUACUUUAAUAACCAAAAAACAAUUACAAACAAAAAAUUACAAUAAAUUAACUGAAAGCUGUAUUUCUCUCUACUUUUUUCUUAUAAAAUUGGGAGCAAUUUCUUAUAUUAUUUCAGAUUUUGUAAUAUUUAAAUAUUUUCCUGUAAAAUUAUUAGUUUUUUAUGUGAAAUUAUUACUUUUUAAUGCAAAAUGGUGACAUUUGUCAUAUAAAAUUUAGACUUGUGUCACAAUAUUGCCAGUUUUUCUUUUUUGUUCUUCAAAAAUGUCACUAUUUUGCAAGUAAAAUGAUGACUUUUGUCAUCAAAAUUCCAAAUAUUAUUACAAUAUUGCCAAAAUGUUAAAAGUUUUCUUAUAAAAUUCUGACUUUUGCCGAGUAAAAUUACGACUCUUUCCUCUCUUAACCUCCAUCGUGGUCAUCCGUGAUGUUUGAGUGUCUCCUGCUGGUUCCACUCAUGACGAUGAUGUCACCUCCCACAGUGUGUGGAUGACACGAUGACAAAACCUUCACUUUUUUUUUUACCGUUCUGGUCUUUUCUCACCUGUUUCUCAUCGCGCUCCUUCCGGUCGACUCCUCCCUCACCGCUCCCUUCUUUCCCUUUUGUUGUUUUGUGGCCACGCCGCCUCAGGAGCAGGAGUUCCUCCAGAAGCAGCAGCAGGAGCUGGAUGGCGAGCUGAAGAAGAUCAUCCAGCAGCACAAGGUGGAGGUCGCCACCAUCGAGAGGGACUGUCUCAACCACAAGCAGCAGCUGAUGAGAGCCCGGGAGGCGGCCAUGUGGGAGCUGGAGGAGCGCCACCUGCAGGAGAAGCACCAGCAGCUGAAGCAGCAGCUGAAGGACCAGUACUUCCUGCAGAGGCACCAGCUGCUGAAGCGCCAUGAGAAAGAGAUGGAGCAGAUGCAGCGCUACAACCAGCGGCUGGUGGAGGAGAUGAAGAACAAGCAGACCCAGGAGCGAGUCCGCCUGCCCAAGAUCCAGCGCAGCGACGGCAAGACGCGCAUGGCCAUGUUCAAGAAGAGCCUGCGCAUCGCCGCCUCGGCCGUGGUCACGCCCGAGCAGGAGCGCGAGCGCGUCAAGCAGUUUGCUUGUCAGGAGGAGAAGAGGCAGAAGAACGAGCGCCUCCAUCAACACCAGAAACAUGAGAACCAGAUGAGAGAUCUUCAGCUGCAGUGUGACUCAAACAUCAGAGAACUGCAGCAGCUACAGAAUGAGAAGUGUCACCUCCUCAUCGAGCACGAGACCCAGAAGCUGAAGGAACUAGACGAGGAACACGGUCAGGAGAUCAGAGAGUGGCGAGAGAAGCUGAGACCCAGGAAGAAGGCCCUGGAGGAGGAGUUCACGCGCAAGCUGCAGGAGCAGGAGGUCUUCUUCCAGAUGAGCGGCGAGUCGGAGUGCCUUAACCCCACCGCCCAGAGCCGCGUGUCCAAGUUCUACCCCAUCCCGCAUCUGCACAGCUCAUAGGACUCCUAAGUUCUCGGAAAAUGUCUUUUUUUUUCAUUUCUUUCGGGGGGGGAGCAUGUUUUGAAUUGAAAAGCCUGCAGACGGCGGUUCUUGUUGGGUUCUGGAUCCUCUCCGGUCCUUCAGUUUCUGCACAUUCCUCCAUGUUGCACAGACGGGUGGGGUCUACUUCCUGGAUGUGUGCUGAGUCCCGUGCACAUGAAAAGGAAUGUACGUGUCGUUGCCACGUUGAAAGAGCUCCAAAUAUGCUUGAAAUCCUCCUUUUAGCUUCUUUUAAUGACCACUCUUCAUCGCUUUUUAAUACUUGACUAAUUUAUGCCAUCUUGCUCAGUAACUCUGCUGAAUUUUUAUUUGGGAUUCUUGUACACCCAAAGCGUCGUCAUAGAUAUCUAUUUUUAACACCUUUUGUUUUGUUUUGGACAAACAGUGCAGGUGGAAGUGUCAAUGGGAUGUACUUGUUGUAAAUACAGUAUAAUAAAUACAGUAAAA